AUGUCCUUCUCCGGCCGUCGGGUUAGUAUCCUGCGUCCCUCCAAUCGUCGCUUUUCCCUGGUCAAGGAUCUGUCAGAAAACGAACUCCGAUCCGAAACUCACCGUCAAUUCCGAUCCGCCCACGAAGGUCAUCGCCCCCAUGCUGGCCUCGACGCUUCUCGUGCCUCUACCGGUGUGGUAUGGUGUACAGAACGUGCUUCCGAGCAUGGAUACGCCGAGAAUCCCUCGGAAUGGGCCAAUCUUGGCCAGGGUGCCCCCGAAGCAGACGACGAGAUCGAGGGCAGCUUCCCCCGCCCGGAAUCUAUCCCUAUCAGCUCGGCCGCCCGUGAGUACGGCCCGACCGCCGGUAUCAAGCCUCUCCGUGCCGCUGUCGCUCGUCUGUAUAAUGAACACUAUCGUCAGGGCAAGGAAAGCCAGUAUACCUGGGAGAAUGUCUGCAUUGUUCCCGGUGGUCGUGCGGGGUUGAUCCGAAUUGCCGCUAUUCUGGGCAAUUCCUACCUUUCCUUCCCAAUUCCGGAUUACUCGGCGUACUCGGAGAUGUUGAGUUUGUUCAAGAACAUUGCUCCUAUCCCUAUCCCGCUCGCUCAAGACGACCAUUACCAUAUCCAUCCCGACAAGAUCGCCGAGGAAAUCGCCCGUGGAACCCAGGUCAUUCUGACUUCCAACCCUCGUAACCCGACCGGACACUUUGUCUCCAACGAUGAGCUUGCCCAGAUUCAGGACAUCUGCAGAGACCGUGCUACCCUCAUCCUCGAUGAGUUCUACGGUGGAUACAACUACACCACCGAUUGCGACGGUUCCACCAUCAGCGGUGCUGCCAACGUGAUCGACGUCAACCAGGAUGACGUUCUCCUUAUCGACGGUCUCACCAAGCGCUUCCGUCUCCCCGGCUGGCGUAUUGCUUGGGUUGUUGGCCCCAAGGAAUUCAUCAACGCCCUAGGCUCCGCCGGCUCCUACCUCGACGGUGGCGCCAACGCCCCCUUCCAAGAAGCCGCGAUUUCCAUGCUCGAGCCAAACCUCGUCCGCACUGAAAUGAAAGCUCUGCAAUUGCACUUUCGCGAAAAGCGUGACUUCGUCCUGAAGCGUCUGCACGAGAUUGGCUUCCGCGUCCAGGACAUUCCCCAGGCCACCUUCUACAUUUGGCUGGACUUGACCUCUCUCGACCCUCCUCUCCCACGCGAGGCUAACAUUUCCGAUGGUCUGAACUUCUUCAAUGCUCUCCUGAGCGAAAAGGUCAUUGUUGUCCCCGGUAUUUUCUUCGAUUUGAACCCCGCCAAGAGACGUGACCUGUUUGAUAGUCCUUGCCAUCACUUUGUACGUUUGAGUUACGGGCCCAAGAUGGAUGUGCUAAAGAGGGGUCUGGACGGUAUUGAGCGGGUUAUCCGUCGCGCGCGCGGGGAGCAUUAUGAGUCGAAGUGGGAGGAUGAGGUCGCUGUUCAGGAUGACUAG